CGCCUGGAGUUAAAAUGGCGGCGCCCAUGACCAGCAUGUUUCAAAAUAAUAACAAUCCUUGAUUCUGUGUCUCCUCUGACAACACUGACAGAAACACCAUGUACGCACAAGUACCUGCCCCUAGUGAUCUUUACGCCGAACCUGUGUCAAAUAAGUCAGACGAAGAUACAGCGUGUGCUGAAACGGAGAGUGAAAGGAAUGACAGCUGUCCGAAGAGUGAAAAAUCCGAUACCAAAACAGAAUCUUGUUUGAACAUAGAAGAUCGCCAAGGCAAACCAAAGAAUGUUUCUCAGCGUUUGUGGGAGAAGUUUAAAGUUUUACAGAAGAGAACUGAUGAUGCCACUAAACGAUCAACUCAGAAGAGGAUCAAACAUCUUCAGAGAGAAACACUUGCUAAAGUUCAGGAAGAAAUAACCAACCCAGAUGAUCUUGAUAUUUUGCGAGAGCAUGAUGUACGUCUUGGGCCACCAGUUAUAAGAAAUCCUGAGAGAAUGCAGUCAAACAGAAAGAGGAAAACUGAAGAAAAGCCAAGUGGUGCUCCUUCCACAUCGACCAGUAACACGGAGUGGCAGGAGGUGCGAGAGUUGCUGACUGUCAAUGACCAUCUGAAAGGAGUGGACCACGGGAAACAUGCACCCAAGACUCAGCUGGAGAAGAACGUUGAUGCAGCCAUCGCUGGUGGAGAUUUUGAGGAGGCAGAGCAACUCAGUGAUCAUCUUUCCACACGCGAGUUUGGAAAAAGAAUUGCUGAUGCAAUUGAUGCAAGAAACUACCUGCAGGACAAACAGAAAGAGGCUGAGACAGCUAAAGCCAAGAAAAAGAAGAAGUUAAACUGGGGAUUUGAACACAAACAGCGUUGGGAGACAAAAGGAAACAUGUAGGAAGAAGCAAUGCCUUCUGGGAAUGGGACAUCUGUUGCCAUUACAUAUUUUUCUGUCUGCAUUACCAUGUAAAAGCUCCGUCUGUGGUUGUUUUUAGACAAUUGAUUUUCAUGAAUCCAUUUUUUCAUAAUCUUUGUCAAGUUUUAAAAAUAUAUAAUUUUCUUUCUUUUUUUGUUUGACAUUUAACAUGCUGUUUUCUAGAUCUGGAUGUGUUUAUUUCUUUGAUGCAAUUGUAAAUAAAACAUGUGAAAACAAAGAGA